CGUCAACCCUAUUUUCAGCAGGUCUGAGUCACAGGAUAAAAAGAAUGUCUAGCGGGAGUAAACAACAUUCAGUGUCGAACCGUCGUCGAGUCCUUGUGUUCCGUCCGAGCAGUUGAAGUAGAGCCUACGCCGACCGGAUCGGACUCUCUCGUGAGUGGUUUUGUGCUACUGUCCAAAAAUGGAUACGACUUUCUACGAAGAGCAGGCGUACAAUCUCCCAAUGUCCAAGGAUCUGAAGCAGCUGAAGAGGCCGAUGACGCUGGACUUCAACGGUUCGUCGGCCAUGAAGCUGAAGCUCAACACGAACGUGUGCGCCCCUCAGAGCGUACUUACCACACCGGAUGUGAAUAUGCUCAAACUCGGCACGCCGGAAGUGGUAAAACUACUUAUAGACCAGCCAAAUUUGGUGACGACGACAACACCGACCUCCACACAGAUACUCUUCCCGAAUAACGUUACGAAGGAACAAGAAAGUUACGUGAAAGGGUUCGUAGACGCGCUCAACGAGCUCCACCACAGCGAUUCGUCCCAAGGUGCCAUCUUCCCGAAGGGCGACGACUGUAAGCCGAACUUGUAUUCCUUCGGCCUCUCGCCCGAGACCACGGUGAUCAAAGACGAACCGCAGACGGUGCCCAAUAUCAACUGUUCCCCGCCAGUCUCUCCCAUAGACAUGGAAUGCCAAGAGAGGAUCAAAAUGGAGAGGAAGAGGCAGAGGAAUAGGAUAGCCGCCUCCAAAUGCCGCAAAAGGAAGCUGGAGAGGAUCUCCCUCCUCGAAGAGAAGGUGCGUGUCCUCAAAGGCGAAAACGCCGAAUUGGCCCAGGUCGCCAACAAGCUCAAAGCCCAGGUCUGCCGGUUGAAAGAAGAGGUUAUGCAACACGUGAACCAAGGCUGCCACUUGAUCGACCCUGGGACGCAGUAACACUCGUCUGGACAAAAACAAUCAAUUCAACCGGGACGUUUAGACUUUUGACACUUUCCAUAGAAAAAAGUCUGAAAGAUAAACUACAAAAAUAUCCCAUCGGUAUUAUUUGUUUUAGUGCAAUGAUACAAUUAAUUAAGUAGACUCUGUUGAAUUGUGCCAAGGCUAGUGGUCAGUUAUUGCUAGAAGUGGUUUUUAGUUUUCUCACUCGACACAGUAUCUAACAAGGAGUGUGCCUUAAUGGCUGUGAAGUGUCCACUUUUGGACGCGAUUUACGUCUUUCGUCCGUUUGACCGCAUAUGCACUUGCGUCGCAGACGAAAGACCAUUUGUAGAUUUCUGUUAUAUGCUGGUCGAGUUAUCUCUAGUCGAUAAGAAUUAAAAAUUUCGCCCUCUGUGAAAUUGUAAGUUUGUACAGAGCCCCCGUGUGAUUAUCAGCAUUAAUUACAUUAUAACUGUAAGUUUUAUGAACUACUAGUUACCUUUUUAUUUGAAAGUAAACAAUCAAAUGACAAAUCGGUUGUAAAUCGAUACUAUUUUUCUUUAUGCUUUAUUUCAGUAGGACAUUACUAGAUUUUAUUAUUGUUACCCUUAAUAAUAA